AUGGCUACUCAAAGGAUCAGAAAUUACGUCCAAACCAACAUUCUACACGUUGACCGUGCGGCCCAAGAACAGGAGAAGCGCAUCUUGCGGAAGAUUGCCCAUGAUACCAUUGACGACACGUUCUUUGAGGAGGACCCGAGCGUCGCAGAAUGGUUCCGAGAUCUCGUGCCUACAGUGUCAGGCGUAGCGGACUACUUUCACAACCUGUUCCCGUCUGCAUCAUGGAUACGUCGAUACAAUUUACACUGGCUACUCGGGGACGCCAUUGCAGGCGUCACCGUGGGCUUGGUAGUGGUUCCCCAAGCUAUGGCCUAUGCUUCGCUCGCUCGGUUAAGCCCGGCUUACGGCCUGUACACAACCUUUACAGGCGCUUGCCUGUAUUGGAUAUUCGGGACCUCCAAAGAUAUCGUCAUCGGCGCAACUGCUGUAGGGUCGUUGCUCAUCGGCCAAGUAGUUAGCAAGAUUGAAGAAGAAAGACCAGGAGUCUACAACGCCCAGGAAAUCGCCCACGCAAUAUGCUUUCUUUGCGGUUUAGUUCUGCUACUGCUUGGAUUUCUACGCCUAGGAUGGAUUAUCGAGUUCAUUCCGUACCCUCCGAUCAAUGCAUUUGUCACAGCAGCUAGCAUCACGAUCAUCUCGACACAGCUGCCCACCUGUCUAGGAAUCAAGGGUAUCAAUACACGCGAGGCGCCCUACCAAGUAUACAUCAAUACCUUGAAAGCACUACCAGAUGCGCAGCUGGAUGCUGCCAUCGGGGUUAGCUCCAUCGUGCUGUUAUUUACCAUUCAGAACUUCUGCUCGAAAAUGGAGAUUCGACAACCCACGAAGAAGCGGAUGUGGGGUAUGAUCUCAUCAUUACGCCUGACUUUCACGGUACUCCUGUACACCUUCAUCAGUUGGCUCGUGCACCGGACGAUAUCCGAAGGCCAUGAGAAAUUUCGUAUCGUUGGUCACAUCGAAAAAGGCUUCUCUCAUGCCAGUGUCCCGGUCAUGAACACCGAACUCUUCGGUCUUGUCGCCAAAGAGCUACCCGCUAUCAUUAUCAUCCUUAUCGUCGAGCAUAUCGCGAUCGCUAAAAACUUUGGUCGUCAAUAUGGGUAUACCGUCAUUCCGUCCCAAGAGAUUCUAGCACAAGGGUUUGCCAACCUCCUGAGUCCCUUUGUGGGUGGCUAUGUCUGUACUGGAUCUUUUGGUGCGUCGGCCGUGCUAACGAAAGCUGGAGUGAAGACACCACUUGCAGGGCUUUUCAGUGCGAUGGUCCUCGUUCUGGCGCUUUAUGCCCUCACAGCUGUCUUUUACUUCAUUCCCAACGCCGCACUAGCCGGCUUGAUUAUCCAUGCUACAUGGAAUUUAGUUACGCCCCCGUACAAGCUGUACAAAUUCUGGCAAUACUCGCCGUUUGAGUUCGUCAUAUGGGUCAUCGGGGUAGUACUCGCCAUCUUCACUGAUCUCGAAACAUCAAUCUAUGUGGGCAUAGCGUUGUCCUUCGCCCUGCUCCUGAUCCGCAUGGCGCGUACACAAGGGACGUCGCAAGGCCAAGCAAGAGUCACACGGAUGGUGCGGCAUUGCGAAAAACCGACUACCACUGUCGAACGCCCCCUACCUAAACCCUCUAAUUCACCCAUCACCCCAGAGCAGCCAAUGCGGAGCGUCUUUCUGCCCACACACAGUCGAAACGCCCACAACCCGCGCAUCAAAAUCGAGCCAGUUCACGCAGGUGUCUUCAUCUACCGCUUCGCCGAAUCCUUCAACUACAUCAACCAAGCCCACCACGUCGACUACCUCCUCUCACACAUUUACGCGCACACCCGUCGCACCGUCGAUGACGACGGGAUUCCCAUGAAAGACCGCCUGUGGAGCGAUGCGCCCCCGCCAACGCGCAAGACGGACGACGAUGCCGCGCAGAAGCCGGUGCUUCGCGCCGUGGUGCUGGACUUUUCUACUGUCAAUGUCAUUGACGUGACGAGCGUACAGGGGCUGAUUGACAUGCGGGUUACGCUGGAUCGGUAUGCGGCGCCGAACGAGGUGGAGUGGCACUUUGCGGGAGUGAUGAAUCGUUGGACGAGGCGGGCGUUGGCAACGGCGGGAUUUGGGCGACCGUCUGUAAGAGACGCGGCGGCGCCGGCUGGAUGGUGUCCCGCGUAUACGAUGUCGACUUCGUCAUCGAACGAAGGUGAGGAAAAGCGUGUCAGGGACAGCGAGCGCAUGGCCUUUGUAGAAAGGGAGGCUUCUGAGAAGAGUUCGGCCGAGUUGCAUCCUGAUGAGGCAGGCAUCGUUACGACUGCGGAUACGAAGAGGCAAAUGGACGCUGUGUAUGGGGUUGAUAGGCCGUUCUUCCAUGUGGACCUCACAGAUGCGGUGGAUGCCGCGGUAAGAGAUGCACAACGGUGCGAGGAGCUAGAAGCCGCCCGCCGGACGGAGCAUGUCGACUUAGCAUUUCAUGGUGAGGUGUAA